UUUGACUUCCUGGAGACAGUUCACGUUGACUGAAUGAAAGCUUGUCUUACCCUGUAGUUUGUGUUGUAAAUUCACAGUGAGUGCACCAGUUUACGGUAUGAAUGUGUGAGUGUACCGGAAGCUAACAGAGAUGUUCUGGGUCUCGGCAGGUCAGCGGGGAGGUCUCCGGCUUCUCCGCUGCUGGUCCGUGACUCUCACCUACCAGACUCUUACAGCACGCCGCUGUCCUCUGCACCCUUCAAGGUUUUUCUCCAUCUCAGCCACUUUAAAGUCUCCAUCACAUGAGGGGGUAAACCCUCCUCUGAAGCAGUGGGCUCUGGAGGUGAGCCCCUUCAGCACGGUACGUGCACGGCUAGGCUGUAGCAUCUCAGUCCGCCCGCUUGACCCGCACAGCUUCCCUGAGGCUGACCGAGCUUUCAUCACUGUACACGGGACCGAGGAGAUCGGUCUGGAUCAGUUAGAUGUUCGCUACGAUGAACAGAGCAAAGAGCUGCUCAUCUCAGCCGAGAAAGUGGACAGCAGUGUGUCUAUUGAUGUGGCGGCACCUAUCAAAAGCAAUGUCCUAAUUUCCACUCAAGGAAAAGGUAACGUGCAAGUGAGGAAAAUGGAGUGUGAUACAUGCAAAGUUCAGACAGAGGAGGGCAACUGUCUGCUGCACUCAAUCAGGAGUCACCACGUUGAAGUCAAGUCACAAGGAGGACACGUUACAGGUGCAGGCACCAUCCACGGUAAUGUGGACAUCAGCACAUGUGGAGACAGUGCAGUGGAUGUCAAGAAGCUCCAGGGAACCAGAAUGAAUGUUUCAACAGAGCGAGGGCCUCUGAAGGUCAAAGCCAUCUAUGCCGAGUCCAGCUGUGUGUCCUCCUGCUCAGGGAGAGUAGAACUGGGACAUGUGCAUGGUAAUGCCACUGUGAAGAGCGAGUCUGGAGAUGUAGUGAUAGAUGGUUCAAAUUCUUUCCUGAAGGUUUCCUCACACAGCGGAGGCAUCAAUGUCUAUGUGGGAGACGGUGGCAGCGCUGAACUCCACAGUCAGGAAGGCAGUGUAUGUGUGCGUGUCCCCUCCUCUUUGAAAGCUGGGGUGGAGCUUUGUGGGGCGUUGGUGGAUAUUAGCCCGGAGGUUAUUCUGCACGGAGUACAAAACAACACAACUGAUGGCCAAACCACAGUCACUGGCUCCAUCAAUGCAGAGCCUCCAGUGGAGCAGUGGGUGAAAGCACAGGCAGACAGAGGCACCAUCACACUGAAGACUCAAAGCUGGUUUGAGUCCUUAAAGCUUGGGAGCUAAACUUUAAGUGACAAAACUUCUCUUCAUG